CACGGUGGCUGAGCAACUCUCCCAUUUGAGUUUGUUAAUCUCCGGUUGUCAUCCUGUAUUCUUUGCAACAGGCUACAUCUCAUCUCGAACAACAUAACCUCCGAUAAGAAGUACCACCACAAACCCCUCUUCCACCCCCUCACUCCCAAACCCACCCGGGCGCAUUUCCCUCGUCAUGUCAUUUCCUUCACUGGACGGCAACGAGCCACUCCCUGUCCGUCCCAGGACCGCUUCUACCACGCGAGCUUCACGUGGAGACUCUAGGAGGAAGUCUAUUUCAUUUAAUAUUGGCGGUUCCGAAUCCCUGCCUCCCAGUCGCUCGGCUAGUGUCUCAGAUCGCAGGCGUUCGCCUUCACAGGUGCCUGCUGAGAGGGAGGCCAGACCUGUUGUUGGUGCUGCUGUGCGCGGCCCAUCCCCUCCUCCACCCAAGACCUACGAGCGGGGCGUCUCCUUCGAUACCUUUGAUAAUCCCGAUGCGGCAGAUUUCUCCUUGACUCUGAACUACAAACACAAAGGAUACCAGAGCACGCGACGCAGUCGGACAUUCCUUUGCGGCACAGAUCAGAACGACUAUUCCGAUUUCGCGCUCGAGUGGCUCAUCGAUGAGUUGGUCGACGAUGGCGACGAGAUCGUCUGUCUCCGUGCGGUGGAAAAGGACUCCAGUAUCGCGAGUGACGCCGCAGUCGAGGCGGGAAAAUACCGCAAGGAAGCAGAGAAGCUGUUCGAACAAGUGAUCCAGAAGAACACCCAGAAUGAGAAAGCGAUCAGCUUGGUCCUGGAGUUGGCUGUUGGCAAAGUCCAGGACAUCAUUCAGCGCAUGAUCAGAAUCUACGAACCCGCUAUCCUCAUUGUGGGCACAAGAGGCCGUAAUCUGGGUGGUAUGCAAGGAUUGCUACCAGGCUCCGUCUCCAAGUAUUGCUUACAGCAAUCACCGAUUCCUGUUAUCGUGGUGCGACCUACCACCAAGAGGGAGAAGAAAAAGAAGAAGCGUCUCGCAGACCCCGCCAGACGCAAUUACAACCACAUCCUGGAGAUGAGUGAGCGACGAGGAAGCCACAUCUUUGACAGGAGCUCCAGCAGAGAUAGCAGUGUGUCAAAGCUGCCUGACGAGGAGGCUGCUGUGGCUGCCGCUCUUGGUCUGCCUUCAACAUACACUCACUCGCGGAGCUCGCUCUCCACGUCGGAGCGAAGCAGCGUCAGUCAUGACGAGUCACCCUCACCGCUGGGAUCACCUGAUGCUGCUUCCCGGAGCCCUCUCGGAGGGAGCGUGGAGAACUCCGAGAUCGACACAGGCUCAGAUGAUGAGCCUACCGUAUCGCACGUGGAAGACCGCAGCGACGUGACUUUGUCACCAAAACAGACGUCUGAGACGCAAGAGGUCCCUGGAUUGACGGAGGCCGAUGCAGGCGCAUUCACAUCCAGCAUGAAUGUCCCACUUAUUGUAACCGAAGACAGCUCUCCAGACGGCACUGGAAAGCAAAAUGAUUGAGCGAUAAGAGCCUAUACCGAACACCAAACUGGUACCAUAUCACACUAGGGCCAUCUGCAUCCAUCCAACAACCCACAUUCACAGAUCACACGUCAGAAGAGAACAGGCGACUAUGCCCUUCAUUGCACGUGAAACUGUCAGCAGCUUUCACAUGAGCAUGUCACUGGGUGCUAUCUCCAGCAUUACUUUGUCGAUGCUCAGAAGAGGACAUAUUCAAGAAGAAAGCGACACACGCUCCUAGCGACACGGAUGCCGCUAAGACACUACCCCGAAUGAUCCUUCACUCCACAUACAUUAUCUUUGUCUUGUCUUGUUUACUUAGCGAGUUGUUGAGUCAAUAGAGAGCGCAAGCACGCCAGUGCAUACAUACAUACAUACACAUACAUAGAUCAAACUAGCUGAUCAUAAUCAACAAUGUAAAUUACUUAUACGCAUCCUUUCCCUUUCCCUUAACAUAUC